AUGCGAUGGGGGGUCCUCCUGCUGCUCGCCCUGCUGCGCGAGGCCGCGGGGGAGGCUCGCGGCAGGCUGGAGGCAGGACGCCUCCACGGCCGCUUCUUGGAGCGGGGAGCAGGGACAAAGCUGCUGGGCUGGAGGCGGAAGACUCAGGAGAGUUUGCUGGAGACCGACGGGGCCCACAUCAGCCAGGACCUGGUAGGAGGCAGCUUGGCCAUUGACACCCUGCCGGACAACGAGACGCAGAUUGUGGAAGACAACCAUAGCUACUAUGUGUCGCGGUUCUAUGGGCCAGGAGAGGCACGCACCAAAGAGCUCUGGAUCGACGUGGCAGAAGCCAACAGGAGCCAAGUGAAAGUCCAUGGGAUCCUGUCCAACAUGCACCGGCAGGCCUCGAGAGUCAUCCUGUCCUUCGACUUCCCCUUCUAUGGCCAUCACCUGCGGCAGAUCACCAUAGCAACAGGAGGUUUCAUCUUCAUGGGGGAUGUCAUUCACCGCAUGCUCACGGCCACCCAAUACAUUGCACCCCUGAUGGCCAACUUCAACCCCAGCUACUCCCGCAACUCCACCGUCAAGUACUUCGACAACGGGACGGUGUUUGUGGUGCAGUGGGACAAGGUCUAUCUUCAUGGGAAGGAGGACAUUGGCAGCUUCACGUUCCAGGCUGCUCUGCACAGCGAAGGGAGAAUCGUCUUUGGGUACAAGGAGAUCCCCAUGUCAGUCCUGGAGAUCAGCGACACGCAGCACCCCGUCAAAGCCGGCCUGUCUGAUGCCUUCAUGCUCCUCAACCCUUCCCCUGACGUUCCCGAGUCUCGCCGCAGGACGAUCUAUGAGUACCACCGCGUGGAGCUGGACACCAGCAAGGUCACUAGCGUGUCGGCUGUGGAGUUCACCCCACUGCCCACCUGUCUCCAGCAUCAGAGCUGUGACGCGUGCGUGACCUCGGAGCUGACUUUCAACUGCAGCUGGUGUCAUGUCCUGCAGAGAUGCUCCAGUGGGUUUGACCGAUACCGUGAGGAGUGGCUGUCACAUGGCUGUGGCCAAGAGUCAGACGAGAGGACCUGUGAGGAUUGGGCAGAGAGCGACCACUACUCACUGUCCCCAAACAGCCCCUUCACGUCAUUUGAUGAAGAUGUCACUACCUCCUCUCUUUUCAUUGGCAGCCUCACCACAGAAGAUGACACAAAGCUGAAUCAGUAUGCAGGAGGGGAUGGAGUGAAAAAUGACCUUCCCACGAAGACAGGCGGAACCCCGAUUCACACCGGGACCAUCGUGGGGAUAGUCCUGGCCGUCCUGCUCAUUGCAGCCAUUAUUCUUCCUGUAAUUUACAUCAGCAGCCACCCCACCUCCAACGCUGCCUUGUUCUUCAUUGAGCGGAGACCACACCACUGGCCAGCCAUGAAGUUCCGAAACCACACCAACCACACAACAUACUCUGAGGUGGAACCUGCUGGCCAUGAGAAGGAGGGCUUUGUGGAAGCGGAACAGUGCUGA